AUGUAUGUUGCAGUUUCAAGGAGGUGCAGUAGCUUCCCAAUCGUGGUGUUAGGUGAAGAUUUCAGACAAAUUCUACCAGUAAUUCCAAAGGGGACGAGGCAAGAUAUUGUUGGAGCAAGUAUAAAUUCAUUCUAUCUUUGGAGAAGCUGUAAAGUAUUUAGGCUAACCAAAAAUCUAAGGCUUAGGGCCUUGCAAUCAGAUAAUGAAGUUCAAGAGAUUGAAGAAUUUGCAAAGUGGAUUGCUAAUAAAGGUGAUGAAACCAUUGGUGAUUCAAGUGAGAUAAAUAUUCUUGAACAAUUUUUACUAACGUGUGUUGAGGAUCCUAUUGCUACAAUUGUUGAUAGCACAUUCCCUCCGUUUCGUAGUGGCCACAGACAUCCUAAAUAUCUAAGAGAUCGUGCGAUUUUGGCUCAAAAAUUGGAUGUUGUAGAUACCAUCAAUGAAUUCAUGAAUGACCAUAAUACUGUUGAAGGAAGGACAUAUAUCAGUUGUGAUUCAGUAUGUAAAUCCGAUGCUAAUGUUGAUAUGCCAAUAAAUUUGCACACUCCCGAAUUCUUGAAUGGCCUGAGAUGUUCUGGAGUACCAAAUCAUGCUUUGACAUUGAAAGUUGGGUCACCUAUUAUGCUCUUGAAAAAUAUUGAUCACACAGUAGGAUUAUGCAACGGUACAAGGUUUAUUGUUACUAGGUUAGUUGAUCACGUGUUGGAAGGCAAGAUCAUGUGCGGUACAAAUGCAGGAACAAGAGUAUUAAUUCCUAGAAUGUCACUUACACUGUCAGAUCCAAGAUUGCCUUUCAAAUUUCAACGGAAGCAAUUCCCGUUGAUACUAUCCUAUGCCAUGACAAUCAACAAAAGUCAAGGACAAACGCUUGCUAAAGUGGGGUUGUUGUUGAAAAAACCUGUCUUUAACCAUGGACAAUUGUACGUAGCUGUUUCAAGAGUUAGUAACCCCAGGGGUUUGAAAAUUUUGAUUUGCGGGGAAAAUGUACCAUGUCUUAGUACGACUAAAAAUUUUGUGUACAACGAAGUCUUCAAUAAUGUAUAA